AUCGCUAGCAGCAACGACAGCGGAACGAGAAAGAAGAACAAAGAAAGAAGAGGCUGAGAUAAACAAAAGUCCAAACGUACGGAUCACUUCGUGCCGUUAUGAGUCAUCAGCAGUAGCUCUUCUAAACAAUGGCGAAACCGUGCGUGAUAGCGUUUUGUGCUGUGAUUGCGCUCUCCUUCUCGUGGGAAGUUCUCGGCGAGCAGGAAUGCAACGAAAUACACCGGUUUCUGAAAGCAGUGGAGAAGCUGAUGGUAUCGCUACCGGACCAUACCUAUCCCGUCUUUAACCUGUGCACCAGCCCGAAGGCAAUCGAGGACUAUCACAAUGCCACCGCGUUCUACCGGAACGUGACGCAGUCGCCCAUCUGCCAGCGGUACCUCGUGCAGAACCGGAUGAACGUGUACGAGACGAUCUACAACCAGCUGACCGGGCUGUGGAGCUCGGCGAACUGUGACGCCUGUGCCGGGGCGGUGAACGAAACCGCCGAGUUUAUGCGCCUGUCGACCGUGCUGGACCACUGCAUCGUCGUGCAUGCCGCCAGCCCGUGCGAGUUGUGCGCGGAUGAUUAUCAGCGCGUGCAGGACUUUUACGCCCGACUGGACAAGGCGCAGCACGGACCGGACCGGCUCUGCUUCGACAUCGCGGACCGGAUGAACCAGACGCGCCGGUCCUGGUCCGGCACGCACAACUGCUGCAACGACAAGCGCCGCUCGAUGGUGGCGUUUGCGUCGGUCGCGUCGGUCGCCUGCGCGCUGCCUCUGCUGUUCUACGCGGUCAUGCACAUGGUAACGGUGCGGCAGGAGGUGCGCCGGCUUAACCUGCUGACCGCAACGAGCGGGGGAGGCGCUCGGUGCGAGGAACGAUCGCAACCGUCCGGCUCGUCGGUCCAGCGGCCGGGCAACGGUGUGCUGCGCCAGCCGGAAAUGGAACGUAUCGCCGAGACGGACGCUGACGACGACGAGGAAGAAGAAGAAGAGCUAAAGACGCAGGCAAGUUACGGGUCAGAGAGCGGGACAGCAAAGGAGGACGCCACCAAAAUCAACAAUCUCGACGUGAAGGUUAGCAAUCUGAUCGACAUUGCGGGCCCGCAGGAGGAGCACACGAUACCGCUACCACCGGCCCGGACGGACGCAUCAGACGACGAAAGUCUGCUGCAGUGAGGUGGAUAAGGGCGGUAGAGCGUUAGGAAGUAAGCCAUGUUACAGUUUUGCGUUUUUUUUCGAUUUUGCUACAGAAUCAUUCGAAUCAUUCCCGGUCGGAUUGGGCGAAGUUCAGUCCAUAAUUCGACUGGCCACAACCAAAAACUUGUAGCUGUAAAAAGCGAUAGAAACGUUGGAAAAAUAAACGAUUGAACUCUC